AUGCCAUUAAACAUUUCCUUUUCAGUUUGGGAGAAAGCCAACGGCUCCUCGUCGGAGGAGGAAGAGGAGAGCGAUGAUGAGCCAGCUCCACCCCCGCGAAGAGCGAUGUUUCGAAUUGCUGGACAGCCGGCUGCUCCAACCACAACGCCGCAAGAAGCGAAAACGCAAAUUGUCGAGGAGAUCAAACAAGUCACCACACAGGCCGAAGCCGUAGCUGCGCCCGUUCAACAAACCGAGAAGAGCGACGCGGAGAAACGAGCGUUGGAGGAACGCCAGAAGCUGUUGGAGGCCCAGAAACAGGCACAGGCAGCCCAGGCGUUGGCCAUGCAACAAGCGGCGGCCGCUCGUCAACCCAGCGAGGCCAUCGACACCGAGACGAAAAUGCAAGAGGCAAAAGCUGAAGCCGAAGCGGAGAGGAAAGCGGCCGAGGAGAGGAUGAUGGCCGUCAAAAAACAGCAAGAAGAAGCGUUGAAAAAAGCACAAGAAGCCCAACAAAAAGCGCAAGAAGAAGCCAAAGCUCGUCAAGAAGCAGCACUCAAGCAAGCACAAGAGGCGCAGGCUAGGGCUCAAGCUGAGGCAAAGGCUCGUCAAGAAGCGGCAUUGAAGCAAGCGCAAGAGGCCCAAGCAAGAGCACAAGCCGAGGCACAAGCCAGACAAGCAACUGCACAGAAACAGGCACAAGAGGCACAGGAAAAGUCUCAAGCCGAUGCUAAAGCUCGUCAGGAAGCUGCACAGAAGCAAGCGCAAGAAGCGCAAGCAAAGGCUCAAGCUGAUGCUAAAGCUCGUCAAGAAGCUGCUCAGAAGCAAGCGCAAGAAGCGCAAGCAAAGGCUCAAGCUGAUGCUAAAGCUCGUCAAGAAGCUGCUCAGAAGCAAGCGCAAGAAGCGCAAGCAAAGGCAAAAGCUGACGCCGAAGCUCGCGCCAAGGCUCAGCAAGAGGCACAAGCAAAGGCUCAAACUCUUGCCCAGCAACAACAGCAACAGAAACAAGCUCAACAACAAGCCCAACAAGCCCAAAAAACCGCUCAACAACAGCCUCAGCAACAACAACAACAACAACAACAACAACAACAACAAUUGACGAAAGGGCCAGCAGCGAAGCCCCAGGAGGCCACAUUGAACUCACAAGCGACCAGCCAUUCAGUCAAGCAACCGAUAAAGGAACCAGGUAAACUGCCCGCCCAGGCUCAGCAACCGGAAGCGAUCAAAGGCGCCGCCGCCACCGUGCCCGGCAACACCGCUUUGAAGCAAACGGCCAAGGCUCAAGAGUCAUCGAUGUCCGAUGCGCCACUCCACCCGGUGCACACCGCCGCGCUAGCUGGCGUGAACGCUCAACGCCCGACCGUCAAGCAGACCGAUGUCGAGAAGCGUUUCGUUGAGAAAGAAGAAUCCCUGCCCGAGAAGCAGCGCGUGGCUCGCGGCGGUAUUUUGGUCGGCGCUCAGAAGUGGGAGCAGGAGUCGGUGGUGAGGGAAACCCAACCGGACAUGACACUCGAACGUGGGCCGGCCGGCAUUCGGCUUCAGGAUGACGCCUGCUGGCAAACGCAGCAUCGCAUCGCACCGGAGAUCGAUGUGCCCGCCGUGGGGAAAGUCGCGAUUCCCGAGUUCAACGAUGAGCACGAAGUGCAGAAAACGAUCGUCGCGAAACCGGUGGGCUUUCAGAAAAUCGUUUGGAACGAGUUUCCCGAGGACAAUUCGCCGAAAGACAAAGUGCCAGCGCCUCGUGUCAAAGCUCAAGAAUGGAAACCCGUCAAUCAGGAAGAAAUGGAAGUAUUGCGAACGAAUUACAAUCCGGGAAAAGUGACUGCCGUUUGGCCACCACCACAAGACGAAUUCCAGAGAGAAACCGGCGCAAUCACUCGAGUGAAAACCGGCGACGACUUGGCGUGGAUUCAACAGGAACAACACGAGGUACUCCGAUUUGCUCCUCGCACCACGCGAAUCAACCGCGCCUGGCCACCGCCCGAGGACGAGCUCACCAAAGCGCAUGCUGAUCGCACCCAACUCGGUCCGGUCGUCUGGCCUCCACCAGAGACCGAGGAUCGCGAAAGGGAAGCCGUCGAGUCGAUUCACAAAACCCUGCCCGUCAGCAAGACGCACGUCCAAAACGUCUCAUGGCCGCCCCCAGCGCCACAGUACACUCUGGUGCCCAUCCGAUCGCCGAUCGUCGAAACCCAACAAGAGCCAACGACCGCUCAACAAGAGAUGGCGCAAACCGUUGUAACAACGACGAGCGUGGUUCGACAGCCGAUGGCCGCCAAG